AUGACUGACCAUUCACGGUACUACAUCACAGCAGCUUUUCUCCUGGGCGUCGCCUUAACUGCUGCAUAUCAGAAUUGGAGUAUCGAGCACGCAUCCGAGCAAUCUGAAGGACGCCUGAAGCAACAACAGAGACUAAUAUCUAAAUUCUCAAAAAUAACCGAUUUGGACAACAUAAAGAAGAGCCUUGCGGAGAUUGAGCAGUCUCUAGAAAAAGGUGGCGGAAAUAUCAAAGAAGGCAUCGAGGGAUGCAUUGGCGACACGCCCUUGAUCAAGAUAAAGUCGCUUUCUGAAGCUACAGGAUGUGACAUACUUGCAAAAGCGGAGUUUCUCAAUGGCGCCGGGAACAGCCCGAAAGAUAGGGUUGCGUUAAGCAUCAUUCAGAUGGCGGAAGAGAAGGGACUCCUGAUUCCACAUUCCGGCGAUACCAUCUAUGAAGGCACAGUUGGUAGCACCGGGAUUUCACUAGCAGCUAUCUGUAGAGCGCGAGGAUAUAAAGCGCAUAUCUGUAUGCCAAAUGACAUGGCAAUCGAAAAGUCAGAUCUUCUUCUCAAGCUCGGAGCCGAAGUAGAAAGAGUCCGGCCAGCGCCCAUUGUGGAUCAAAACCAGUUCGUCAAUCUCGCUCGAACAAGGGCAAAAGAACACACAGACAGCCCCGACAAACCCGGGAGAGGGCUGUUCGCAGACCAAUUCGAAACGGAAGCCAACUGGCGAGCGCACUUCACAGGCACUGGUCCUGAGAUUUAUGAGCAAACGGGUGGUUUUCUGGAUGCGUUCGUCAGCGGCGCAGGUACCGGCGGCACUAUUUCUGGAGUUGCGCUAUUCCUCAAGUCAAAACUACCUGAUCUGAAGGUCGUCCUUGCAGAUCCUCCUGGGAGUGGCUUGUAUAACCGCGUCAAGUACGGUGUUAUGUUCGAUCCUAAAGAAAGAGAAGGGACGCGGCGAAGGCAUCAGGUCGACACUAUCGUGGAAGGCAUUGGAAUCAACCGUGUCACUCACAAUUUUGAAGUCGGGAGAGGACUCAUUGAUGAUGCGAUCAGGGUGACGGACGAGCAAGCUAUCGCCAUGGCGAGAUGGUUAGUCGAGAACGACGGUAUUUUCGUUGGCAGCAGCAGUGCAGUAAAUUGUGUAGCCGCAGCGAAACUAGCGAAACAGCUCGGUCCUGGUCACCGAAUCGUCACAUUGCUAUGUGACAGCGGCGCAAGACACCUAAGCAAGUUCUGGGCCAGCACAGAACCUAUCGGAGGCAUCGAGAACGACGUGUCCCUUGAGAAAAUUCUGGGUUCAUGAGAGUCAUCAACCCGUCAUCCUACGAGUUCCUUCCGGAUCCCGCCAGAUACAGCUCAUUUUGACUCCAGUUGGGGUCUUAGCUCGCGUGGCAGCAGCUAGCUGGGGUUCCUCCGCGCGUCCAGAGAAGAAAUACGCAUAUCAAGGUAAUACAGCGACCACAAAAUCCGCCGGUUCUGCAAACGCGAGGCAGCAACAUACCUAGUGCUCCACUGUCCCUUGGCCUCCGUCUCUCAUGAGGCCAGAUCACCACAUUCAUCCUCGUGGUGAAGAACAUUGUGGAGUCCGCCACACGAGAACACAAUAGCAAUGUCACAACCCAGACAAAGGCCGCCCUCUUCACCUAUUCCCGCGGAGUCUACAUCCGCUCCGUGACAAAGAACAAAGGCAUCUGCGCUGUUCUGACAAUAGCCAUUCUUCUCCACUUCCUUUAUCUGUUUGUGUUCCGUUUAUAUAUACAGGCGGCCUU